UCUCUCCGAGGCAGGAAGACAACAAACCCUCGGCGUUACGGCGCAUGCGCCGUGAUUUGAAGGCGGUGGGCUCAACGAAAGGCCGCGCUCCAAUGGACGGCGACUUCUUGCUGGCGCUGCGGCUCCAAGAGGAGUGGAACGCGGAGGAGGGCGGCCGCGCACGGGCUUCCCUCAAGGCCGGCCCGGCCUCCCCCUCGCCCGCACGGCCCCUGUCGCUGGUGGACGAGAGCUGGGAGCUGCUGGAUCCCAGCCCGGACGUGCGAGGCCUCUUCCUGCAGUUCAACCAGAGCCUCUUCUGGGGGGCCCUGGAGGCCGUGGAGGUGAAGUGGAGCCCCCGCAUGACGCUAUGUGCAGGAGUUUGCUGCUAUGAAGGUCGUGGUGGAAUGUGCUCCAUUCGACUUAGUGAGCCCCUUCUAAAGCUGCGACCGAGAAAGGAUCUUGUAGAGACUCUUUUACAUGAAAUGAUUCAUGCUCUGUUGUUUGUCACUUAUAAUGACAAAGAUCACGAUUCCCAUGGCCCGGAGUUCUGCAAACACAUGGAUCGGAUAAAUCGCUUAACUGGCACCAAUAUUACGGUCUAUCAUAAUUUUCACAAUGAGGUGGAUUUCUAUCGCCAGCACUGGUGGCGCUGCAAUGGCCCUUGUCAAAAAAGAACGCCAUAUUUUGGCUAUGUGAAGCGUGCAAUGAACAGAGCACCAUCUGCAAAUGACUACUGGUGGUCUGAGCAUCAACAGACUUGUGGAGGUACAUUUAUAAAAAUCAAGGAGCCAGAGAACUACUCAAAGAAAGACAAAGAAAAGAACAGUCUGUCAGUCAGUCAAGCAGAAGUCCCAGCCAAAGGCAAAGUUUUUACAGGAACAACUAAUGGAAUGAACACACAAAGCAUAAUUCCUUUUAGUGGAAAAGGAUAUGUCCUUGGAGGGAAAACUGAUAUGACAUCAUCAGAGAAAGCCACAAGUCCCAGCAACAACAAGAGGUCACGGUAUCAUUCACCAUCUGAUUUGUCUAGACUAAAUCCUAAAAACGAAGAUAACUUUUCCUUUACCAAUGUUUCCCCUUCAUUUUCUUCCAUUGGAGACAAAAAUAAUUUUGCUUCUAGACACGUGCUUCCUAAAGUUUCAGUUGCUAACAAAAAAGUUUACAGGAAUGUUAAUGGAUCCCCAAUUAAAAAUAUCCAGUUAACUGAAAGAAGAUCUAAUUCAAGCUUUACAAAUGAUACAUCAGAGCUACUGUCAAAGGAGACACCAGAAAAAAGUAUUUUUCAACCAGCUACUUCAACACCUAAAUCCUACAUUACAUCCCAUAGAAAUGACAGCCCACAAAAUGGUGGAGCAUCAAAAAGGGCAAGAAUGGAAGACACAACUGCCUUUGAAAACUAUUUUAUAAAGAAAAAGCCUUUGGUGAAAAGUGAGGCCGAACCAGCAGACAUAAAAAGUGUAACACCUUCUGUCAGUGAUCAAAAGAAAAAGGUUUGCUGCCCUGUCUGCCAAUCUGAGGUUUUGGAAACAAAAAUUAAUGAACAUUUAGACAAUUGCCUCUGAGAUUUCAGAUCUCACAUAGCUGAACUCAGAAGAAUGCUGCUUCCUCGUGGUUUAGCCGUUUUAUUGCACAUCUUGGUUUUAUAUUUUGUUGGGUGAACCGAUGUUGUUUAUGAUCUCACUUUGUAUGUGAAGUAUAAGGCAGGAACUAUGUACAUGUGGAUUACAGAUCCCAUUUUCCCUCAUGUUUGGCUGUGUUGAUUAGGGAUAAUGGAAAUUCUUUCCAACAGUACCUCAAGGUCUCAGGUUUCUUCAACUUGAAUAAGUAGCCUUUCUCUGCACCUUUAUGUCAGUGAUACAGUGAACUCUGAACAAAUUUCUAUAGCCAUGAAAAAUGUGUAUAUUCAUUAAAGAAAGUAUGAUUUAAAAUUAACAUGUUUUUUUAGAAAGAUACAAGAAAGUGAAUACUGUGUCUUCGCACGUUUGCUUUUGAAGGCUGAGUUUUAAGUUGAUGUGGCUCUUUUGCAAAGCAAUACUGUGUGCAUUCAAGAUGGCUUAAGAGGAUUGUUAUUCAUGGGAUUAAAAUAAGUGUAAAUUUAAAUACAGCUGAUUUUACUUACAUGUGAAUCAAGCUGUUCAUUUGGAAGCAGUAGAAUUCCUUAUAAUAAACUGCAUCCUGACAAAAGAUUUUUGCAAAGCUUUAAAAUUCUUCUGGCAACCAUGUAAACAAGACCGUAAAACUGUUCAUUGGCCCAUUCCACUGUCUUGAAAUGUUAGGAAGAUUCUUUCAAGUUAAAUGUUUUACAUGUUUCCAGAGUAUUUUUGUACAUUUUAUACUAGUCUGAUCACAUGACAAUGUUAAAAUUUCUUUGAGAUGGAACAACUUAAAGUUGUUCCAUCUCAAAGAAAAAAAAGCCUAAUUCUUCAUUAGAACCAAAUCUAAAUCACAUAAACUUUUUACUUAAGUUUGCCAUUGUUCUGAAAUAGCCAUUUUUGUCCUUAUCUUAGUUCGAUAUAUCUAACAUUCUGGGCUUGUAGAGUUCAUGAAUAUUGUGUCUAUGUCUCUGAUGAAAAUGUUAGUAUCGGAUUUCCCAUUUCUGUUAAGAAGUUGGUACAAUGUUGUCAGACUUUCAAAAAUUUUCCAUUGACAUUACCUUCUAAUUAACUAGAUAUCUUUCAGUUGAUACACACAUACGUACAAAUGGUAAGCCAUCUCACUCUGCCUGAUAAAGUGCCUUUGGAGGAAGCCUAAUUUAUUUAUAUAAGGAGUCAUACUUAUUUCUUCUAGAGAUGCAAGUUUGUGUUUAAACCGGUAGCCUAUUGAUAAUUCUGGCAUGUAAUAACUUUUUAGAAACAAGAUCUUAAGUGCAGAAAGAUCUGUUUCACAAAAGCAAAUGUUCAAAAUAAAAUUACCUGUUCUGGAUACACUGGAACAGUCAAUAUAAUUUAAAUAAAUUUCAUAUUGAGUGCUUA